UCUGGGCACAGCCUUGAAGCUGCUUUGGCUCGCAAGGACCUGAAAUUUUAUUAGCAAUUUAUUUUAUUUUGGAUCAGCACAGUGUAAGUGACCACCUGGCCACUCAGUGUCAGAAACCGCUGCUAAGAGCUGUUCUCUGCCCAGCCCCGGUGUCUUCCAGUCCAGGCCUCUGCGACAAAGCUGGCUGUAAUAAAUGUGUUACUCCAGCUUGCUUGGAUGCCCUUUCCUGGCCGGCUCCUUUAAGCCGAGGAAGGAGGGAGGCCCAGAUUAUUUUCCAGCCUGCUGUGACUUCAGAAGGCAGCAAAAAGGAGCAUAGCAAGCAAGCUGAGAGAACGGAGGUCUUCUGCAGUGAGCAAUAGUUGCUGGAGACAAAGGAUGAAGCUGGCACAGGCCAGAGGACACCUGCUGCUUUGCCCAGCUGGGUAAAACAGACCCUGAUUUGUCCUUCUCCGCUCUGGAUGUCCGACAGAAGACAGGCAAUCCUGAAAAAAACAGCUCUGGGCCAAAAGGUAAAGGGCCGGACCUUUCCACCAUGCCGUUCAGGAGAUGGCUGCCCCGGGCGGGGACCGGCUGGAGCAGAGCGAAGCGGAUCGACUCCAAGCAUAAAGCCGGAGGCGUUGUGGCUGCGACAAUGUGCUUGAACUUCGUGCCAGGUGCAGGGAACAGCCUCGUCCUCAAGAGGAUCUUGCAUUUGGACCGGACUUUGCGCUCCUCCACGCCACCACUCAGGGAUUUCAUCCAUCAUCAGGGAGGAUAUCCGGGGACACCAUCUCAGCCUGCGUCCCCGAGGCCAAGCCAAAUACCGCUGAAGAACAUAGCCACUGCUGAAGCCAUCCAGAAACACCGGAAAUGCCUGGCCGAUUGGUUCCGCCAGCAGCCCAACGAGGAGAGGCAGUUUGGCCCGUCCUUCUCGCUGGACACGACCCACGUCGACCCCGUGAUCCGGGAGAGCUCCCUGGAGGAGAUCCUGAAGCCCUCUCCCGAGAUGACCAUCCAGAACCAGCUCCAGGCCUCCUGCAGCCGCACCAUUGGCCUCCAGCACCUCUUCGACGCGGACGCCUGCGGGCAUCCGGUGAGGAACGUGGUGCUGUACGGGACAGUGGGCACCGGCAAGAGCACCCUCAUCAAGAAGAUGGUGAUGGACUGGUGCCACGAGCGCCUGCCGCGCUUUGAGCUGCUCAUCCCCUUCUCCUGCGAGGACCUGUCCCAAGGCAAUGCGCCCAUCUCCUUGCGGCGCAUGGUCACCAAGAAGUACCUCCACCUGCGGGAGGUGGUGCCGGCCUUGGGCUCCGCCAACCUCAAGGUGCUCUUCAUCCUCAACGGCCUGGACCGCCUCAACCUGGACUUCCGCCUGGCCCGCACCGAGCUCUGCUGUGACCCCAACGAGCCGGUCCUUCCCUCGGCCAUUGUGGUCAACCUGCUCAGGAAAUACAUGCUGCCAGAGGCAAGCAUCAUCGUCACCACGCGGCCCUCCGCAGUGCGCCGGAUCCCCAGCAAGUUUGUGGGCCGCUACGUGGAGGUCUGUGGCUUCUCCGACAUCAACUUGCAGAAGCUCUACUUCCAGCUGCGUCUGUGCCAGCCCGAGUGCGCCGGCACCUCCGGCCCUCCCACAGAGGAGGAGGCGAGCGAGCAGGACAACCUGGUGGAGAUGCUUUCAAGGAACUUGGAGCGGCACAACCAGAUCGCGGCCGCCUGCUUCCUGCCCUCCUACUGCUGGCUGGUGUGCACUACCUUGCACUUCCUGUACUUCACCAAGUCGGUGCCUCCUACUCAGACCCUCACAGGCAUCUACACCAGCUUCCUGAGGCUCAACUUCAGCGGGGAGGUGCUGGACAGCACGGACCCCUCCAACAUCUCCAUGAUGAAGUACGUGGCCAAGACAGUGGGCAAGCUGGCCUACGAGGGGGUGAUGUCCCGGAAGACCUCCUUCUCGGAGGCGGACCUGCGUCGCUGCUUCGAGGUGGAGAUGAAGACGGAGAGCGAGCUCAACCUGCUGAACGUCUUCCGGAGCGACGUCUUCCGCUUCUUCCUGACGCCCUGCGUGCAGUCCGGCAAGGAGCACACCUUUGUCUUCACCAUCCCCGCCAUGCAGGAGUACCUGGCUGCCCUCUACGUGGUCCUGGGCGAGAAGAAGACCCUGACGCAACGGGUGGGCAAAGAGGUCUCCGAGAUCAUCAGCAAGGUGAGCGAAGACGUGUCCGUGGUCCUGGCCAUCGUCUCCAAAGUCCUGCCCUUGCGCAUUCUGCCGGUCAUCUUCAGCCUGGUCAAAAUCUUCCCCCGCUACUUCAGCCGCUUCGGCAGCAAGGACCGCGACACCAUCGCCCGCACCAUGGCAGUGGAGAUGUUCAAGGAGGAAGACUACUUCAACGAUGACGUGUUGGACCAGAUCAACUUCAGCAUUCUUGGGGUGGAGGGCCCCAUGCGCCACCCGGACGAGGCGUCCGACGACGAGGUCUUCGAACUCUUCCCCAUCUUCAUGGUCGGGCUGCUGUCACGGCGCAACCGGGCCAUCUUGGACCAACUGGGCUGCCCCAUAAAAAACCUGGCGGCCUUCGAGAUCGCCAAGGCCAUGAAGAAGACGGUCAUUCGCAACAGCCGCAAGGGCCUGCCGCCCUCCGAGCUCCUGGACUACCUCUUCUUUCUGCACGAGUUCCAGAACGAGCGCUUCACGGCCGAGGCCAUCCAGUCCUUGAGAACCAUCAACCUCUCCUUUGUCAAGAUGACCCCCCUCAAAUGCUCCGUCCUGGCGUCUGUGGUGGGCACCACGAGUCACGAGGUGGAGGAGCUGAACCUCACCUCUUGCCACCUAGACGUCAGCAGUCUGAGGACUCUCUUCCCAGUUUUGCUGCGAUGCAAAAGGCUCCACUUGCCGCUCAACAGCCUGGGGCCGGAGGCGUGCAAGUUGAUCAGAGACCUACUCUUGCACGAGAAAUGCAUGGUCAGCACCUUACGGCUGGCGGACAACCCCGUGACUGAGCAGGGAGCCCGCUACCUGGCCGAAGGCAUUGCCGGCAACCGCUCCUUGAGCCACCUGUCGCUGCUGCACACCUCGCUGGGCAACCAGGGCGUGGCAGUGAUCACCCAGCACUUGGCUCAGAACCAGCACUUGCGGGAACUGGACGUGGCCUACAACUCGGUGACCGACGAGACCGCGCUGGCGCUGGUGGAAGAGGCCAAGAGGCACGCAACGCUGGAGACCGUGCACUUGUAUUUCAACGAGAUCAGCGCGGAAGGGAAGCAAGCCCUGCACGCGAUGCGCAAGGAGUCCAGCCGCGUCAAGGUGCUCAUCUUCUUGACAAUAGGGGCCGACGUCUCCGACUACUGGGCCAUCAUCCUGAACGUGGUCCAGAAGAACCUGCCCGUCUGGGACCGCGAGCGGGUGCAGCAGCACCUCGGCCUGCUGCUGGAGGACUUGCAGUGGAGCCGCCGAAAGACCGCCAACCCUUGGAAGAAGGUCAAGUUCCUCCGCGUGGAGAACGAGGUCAAGAGGAUGCUGGGAAACCUCCAGCAGGGGGCUCCCUAACGCCCUGCUCCCCGGAGCCUUCCGGAAACAGCAUUAUUCCGACUCCGGUUCAAGAAUGCCAGUUGCGGGGGAAGAGCAUGAGCCGUGUCAGGUGCAUACAAAUGCCCACUGAAUCUGGAAUUGGAGGAGAUAUCUCUCCCAUGGCGUUGAGCUAUUGUCUACCUAGUGGGCUUCCGAUUGAGGCAUCUGGUUGACUGCUGUGGGCCAUGGAUGCUCAACUACAUAGGCCUUUGGUCUGAUCCAGCAUGGCUCCUCUUACAUUCUUAUAAGCCUGGCUUCUUCAUACCUACACAAUACAGAUGUCAGACUGACAGACCAGUGAUUCAGACAGAGAUUCACUUUUGAGUCCUGUCCCAUCUACCAUGUUUCAGAUGGGUUGCCAAUUUUUUUUCAUCUCUUAUCUGUACUUUCUGUGUUCAUUUGUCAGCUUAUUGGUGUAUUAUUGUUUUGUUUUGUUUUUAAUUUAAAAACACAAUUUUUAAAAGCUGAAAACCUGCUCCAAGUGGGAAGGAGGUGGUUUAUAAUGGCACGGGUGCUCGCCACUCUGUGCUAUGCAGAGUUGCUAAGAACCCAAAGAACUGUUUUCCUGGAAAAAAAUUGUUUGAGUGACAAGCAGGGAUGCAAUCCAAAAGUACUCCCGCCGUACAAAUAAUGCCUCAUUUAUGGGCACCCGUAGGCCAUACGGGUCAUGCAGGGAGUGGUUAGCUAGCUCUCUUUGACAGCUCGAAAAAGGGGUACCCCCCAGUAUCCCCAGUACAUAGAUGUGCAGUGUGGUGUAGUGGCUAAGGUGUUGGACUGGGAGUCGGGAGAUCCGGGUUCUAGUCUCCACUCAGCCAUGGAAACCCACUGGGUGACUUUGGGCCUGUCACAGACUCUUAGCCCAACCUACCUCACAGGGUUGUUGUUGUGAGGAUUAAAACGGAGAGGAGGAGGAAGAUGUACGCUGCCUUGGGUUCCUUGGAGGAAAAAAGGCGGGAUAUAAAUGUAAUAAAUAUGUCAUUAUUCUCAGAAUCCUUACGUGGUAUGAACAUGAGGUACCGAUUUAAGUUCAGGGAGAGGCCUAGCUCCACACCACAGCGUGGGUCAUUCUCACAUUUGAGGUGUGUUCCUGAGGGGUGCUUCUGUGUUGCUGUGAGGACAUUCUGCAACAACCCACCACCCCGGCAGUGUUCACUCCAGGUCCUAUCAUCAAUUCCAAACACAAAUACCUCACAAGCCCUGCCUAUUAUGCCCCACGACACUAUGUUUUCUUCCCAGCUUGUUCAAGAUUCAUAAUCGUGGCAUGUUGGAACUUGAGGCCACGUUUGGGGCCAAAAAAGUAAAAGGGUUUCUUUAUAUCGCUGAGGACUAGCAGCAUGUGAAAUAUGACAGGCCAUAGCCCCACUGGGGUUGUUUUGUUCGCCCCCUGCUGGCAGCCUAUAUCUAUGCAGUAUGUGAGUCUUCUUCCCUACUUCCAGGUAGUUGAGUGGUGGGUUGGAUUCUCUUGAAAAAGUGCAGAGGAAUAAUAAGGAUGCCCAACCCUCAUCUCAUGCCAGAUUUCGAGGCUGGGGUUCGAAUCAAACCUGUGGGGAUGAAGAAAGCAUAAUAUAAAGGAGGGGUGGGUAGGGUGACCAUAUUUGGGAAACCAAAAA